UGCACAUGUAACUUUGUCUAGCAAUUCACAUUGCUAAAAUAUAAUUGUGAAGAAAAAAAAACAUCUUGUGAAAUUUAAAUUUAUACAUUAAGAACUCGGCUUCAGAACUAACAAGUAACCAUGCCGCAGAAUGAGUAUAUGGAACGCCAUCGCAAGCUGUAUGGCAGGCGAUUGGAUUACGAGGAGCGGAAGCGCAAGAAGGAAGCCCGUCUUCCCAAGGACCGCGCACGCAAGGCUCGCAAGUUGCGCGGCAUCAAGGCUAAGCUCUUCAACAAGGAGCGACGCAAUGAAAAGAUUCAGAUCAAGAAGAAGAUCCAAGCCCACGAGGAGAAGAAGGUCAAGAAGCAGGAGGAGAAGGUUGAGGAUGGAGCCCUGCCACACUACCUGCUCGACAGAGGCAUCCAGUCCAGCGCCAAGGUCCUGUCCAAUAUGAUCAAGCAGAAGCGCAAAGAGAAGGCUGGCAAGUGGGACGUGCCCAUUCCCAAAGUACGCGCCCAGUCGGAUGCAGAGGUCUUCAAGGUGCUGAAGACAGGCAAGACAAAGCGGAAGGCGUGGAAGCGCAUGGUCACAAAAGUCACCUUCGUCGGCGAGAACUUCACCCGCAAGCCACCAAAGUUCGAACGCUUCAUCCGACCCAUGGGUCUGCGUAUGAAGAAGGCCCAUGUGACGCAUCCUGAACUGAAAGCCACCUUCAAUCUGCCCAUCAUCGGCGUCAAGAAGAACCCCAGCUCGCCCAUGUUCACAUCUUUGGGCGUCAUCACCAAGGGUACUGUGAUCGAAGUCAACAUCUCCGAACUUGGAUUGGUAACGCAAACGGGAAAAGUAGUCUGGGGCAAAUACGCACAGGUUACGAAUAAUCCAGAGAACGACGGCGUCAUCAAUGCAGUGCUGCUUGUCUAACCAACAAAUGUUGCUACCUACUUUAAGAGUUUGCUUUAAUAAACAAACAUAUACAAAUAA